UGCGAACAAUUUAGUUUUAGUUCGUUUACGUCGAACAAGACCAGCCAAGUAGCCUUCGAACGGCUAGAGGUGCUUCUGAUUCUCUAGAAGUUCAAGUUCUCAGAGUAAAGGAAGCUAUUAACCAUUGGCCCCAAUAGUUCAGUGAUUUGUUGUAGAAGUGUUCAGAAGUGUAAUAAUUUCGACAGUGUUAGAGCGAACAAGAACCUGUACUCCAAAAUGCCUUCCACGGGAAUAUUAGAAGUCGCUCUUCAGGUCGUCGAAGAUUCCAGCAUAUCUAGUGGAUCGGACAGCGCUGGUGUGUCUGAAGACGAGGAUGUUCAAUUGUUUUCUACUAUUGGGAAUACCGUAACAUCCACACCUUUGAAAAAAUCCUCGUUGAAAAGCAAAGAUGACGAACACAUCAAAACCUUUAAGACCAAUUCGAAGCGUUAUGCGAGUCUUCCAAAUCGUGACCAGCAUCAGAAGUUCCUGACGGAUUUUCUAUCUGAAGUUUUGAACAAUGCUGUCUUCAAUGCUACUGAUCGCGCCAACAAAGUGCUCAACUGGGUAGAUCCCGAAGAGCUAAAGCGAACGCUUGACUUAGAGCUGAAAGAUGAGCCCGAUUCCGACGAAAAACUGCUAGAGUUAGCCAAAGCUACCAUCAAACAUUCAGUCAAAACUGGCCAUCCUUACUUCAUGAAUCAGCUGUUUUCGUCUGUUGACCCGUACGGAUUUGCUGGACAAGUUCUAACGGAUGCGCUGAAUCCAAGCGUCUACACCUUCGAGGUAUCUCCGGUGUUUGUCCUGAUGGAAGAGAUUGUGCUCAAAGAAAUGCGGAGUAUUGUGGGAUUUCCCAAUGGUUUCGGAGACGGCAUAUUUUGUCCCGGUGGAUCAAUGGCGAACGGUUAUGCUAUUAGCUGUGCACGUUAUAAGUUCAUGCCGGAUAUCAAGACAAAAGGAUUGCAGUCACUUCCGCGCUUAGCAAUCUUCACAUCAGAGGACGCUCACUAUUCGGUGAAAAAAUUGGCCUCUUUCAUGGGCAUCGGAUCAGAUAACGUGUAUCCAAUCCGUACAAAUUCCAUUGGCAAAAUGAGAGUGGACUGCUUGGAGGCUGAAAUUUUACGUGCUAUAUCGGAAGGAGCUCUACCAUUCAUGGUAUCUGCAACCGCUGGAACUACGGUGAUCGGAGCAUUCGAUCCUCUGGAGCAGAUCGCUGACUUGUGUCAAAAGUACAAACUGUGGCUGCACGUAGAUGCGGCCUGGGGUGGCGGUGCACUUAUGUCCAAGAAAUACCGAGGUCUAUUAAAAGGAAUUGAACGAUCUGACUCGGUCACUUGGAACCCACAUAAACUGCUGGCAGCUCCACAGCAAUGUUCGACAUUUCUAACCCGCCAUGAAGGCAUUCUAUCCGAUUGUCACUCAACGAAUGCGACAUAUUUGUUCCAGAAGGACAAGUUUUACGACACCCGGUAUGACACCGGCGACAAACACAUCCAGUGCGGACGCCGGGCCGAUGUACUAAAGUUUUGGUUCAUGUGGCGCGCCAAAGGUACUACGGGUCUUGAACAACACAUCGACAAGGUGUUUGAAAACGCCGAAUAUUUUACCAACAGUAUUAAGUCCCGCGAAGGUUUCGAAAUGGUGGUGGAGAACCCGGAAUGUACCAACAUCUGCUUCUGGUACAUACCGCCGAGUUUGCGAGACAUUUCACGGAGCAGUGCUGAGUUCUCCGAAAAAUUACACAAAGUUGCACCCAAAGUAAAGGAGCGCAUGAUGCGCGAAGGUUCGAUGAUGAUUACGUAUCAACCGAUUCAUGAUAAACCCAACUUCUUCCGAUUGGUUCUGCAAAACUCAUCGUUGGAUAAAUCAGAUAUGAAUUACAUCAUUGAUGAGAUUGAACGGCUUGGCAGCGAUUUAUAAAGCGGACCGAGAGAAUACACCAUGUUCCUUUCAAACGAUAGACGUCAUGCUAUUUGAUUUUGUGUAAUUCAUAUUUGUAUGCUGUAAACGAUAAAUUUGUAUUUAUUUGAUACAUUACUUUAAUGACAGGAAAAAAGCGAAACAUGAAACUUAGUGUAGUCCUUUCAAUUGGACUUAUCUGCGAAACAGUUGUGAUCAUAUUAGAAUAGGCUACAGAACAAUUGAUGUUAAUUUAUAUGCAUGUACAAAAAAUGUAAACAGUAAUAAAAUGGUUUAAAUUAA